AAUAUUAAAGUAAUACAGAUAUAUAUAAAAUCUCGAGUUUGAAUCUCAGUUUUCAAUUCCAACCAUAAAUAAAGGGUUUUGUUGGGUUUUGUUCCUUUUCCUCUCUGCAUAAUUAAUCAUGGUGCUCAUCAUAGCCAUUGCAGUAGUUCUUAGUUUACUAAGCAAUGAAGCAAGCCAUGUCCUUGGGGACAUUGGUACUGCUACUUCUUAUGAUCCUCCUUAUAUACCUACAAGGUGUUAUGGGAAUAGAGGAGAUCAGUUCCCUCCAGGAAACUUGUUUGUAGCAGUGAGUGUGGGGCUAUGGGAUAAUGGGGCAGCUUGUGGAAGGCGUUACAGGUUGAGGUGCUUAAGUGGAAAUGAUAAACCAUGCAAAGAGGGUAGUGUUAUUGAUGUGAAGGUGGUGGAUUAUUGCCCAAAAUCUCCAUGCCCUUCUACCAUCCUCUUGUCCAAUGAUGCAUUUUCUGCUGUUUCUCGCUCUUCCACUGCCAGAAUCAACGUUGAAUACAUCCAGAUAUGACAUGUACCCAGUUAAUAAUUAGCAGCGAAGAAGAAGAACAAAAAAAGUGGUCCAUGUCCAUGCUCAUAUGCUUCUUCUGUGCAGUGAUUGAUGUUCUAUGCAAGUGUUUGCAAUAAAGUAUGUUAAAAUUAUUAAUACCUAAUCUCAGGAAUCUAUUAACAUUUGGUUUAUUUGAAAAA